AUGGAAGAGAGGGGGCUUCUGUCAGAGCAAACCACAACAGUCAAGUGCCUCAUGUUCAAGAAAAACCCGAUCGAAUCCAGCUCCAUCUUCCAGCUCCUGUGUCCCUGCUUCCGCAUAACACUCCAGAGUCUUUACCUCCUUUUCCAAUCCUCAACCCACCUCUGUCUUCCCCCUCUGCUCCCCACUGCCUGUAAACUCAGCGUUCAGGAGACUGAGGCUGACUUCCAAAUGCCUGAAGAACCACCCCAAGUCCUUAGAAAUGAGGAGAGAGCUGCAAAAGUCAUUCAGAAUGCCUGGAAAAAUUUCCUCAAUGUGGCUGUAUUCCAACACUUUAAAAGUCUGAUUGAUUUAAGAAGACAAGGGGAGCCACGCCAGAUAGUGAGGUUCCUUAAUCCUAAAGAGGCGGAGCUCCUGGAUGGUGCUGCUGGCAUUCAAGUCCGAUUCAGGCUGGGUGGGGUUAAAUUUCCACCUCAGAUAUACUAUAAAAUUUUUACUCACAGACAUGUUGAAGAUCUGUGUGCUAAUAGCCCUAGAGACUACACAAAGCUCCAAGCAAAAUGCACAUCUCAUAAUAAAGAUGAUCCACCUCCGGUUGAGGACCACAGUGGCUGGUACCGUCGUGUAGAGAACAAUGGCUGGAGGCCUGUUUCCCAAAGAUUUUGGAUACCACUUGAAAGUCAAGUGUUGGAGAGCACAAAGCAAACUGAAUUUCAUUUCUCUAAACUGAAGAGAAAGCAAGACAUGGAAAAGAAAAGAAAAAUUAAAAAGAUAGAAUGGAUGAGGCAAAUGUACUACCUGGGCAGCCUGGAGGCCAAGGCGACAGAUCAGGAAACUCUAGGCCUAAUUCACAAAGCAACAAAAGGGCUAAUCAGGAGCAUUGAAGAUGGAGGGGUCGAUUCUGUGAUGGAAUGGGAAGUGGACGAAGUGCUGAAUUGGACAAACACACUCAACUUUGAUGAGUAUAUUGCUAAAUGGAAAGAAACUGCUACAAGUAACUCUUCAGCUAACUUAAAAGAUGUCAGGCUUGAAAGAAUACAGAAAAGCCUAGUUGGCACCUAUGGAGAUGGGCCACAGACAUCGAUGGAAGAACCAUAUGAGAAUAAUUAUUAUGAAAAUACUUACGUGAAACGGCCGUUCACUAGCUUAACACCGAAUUCCAUGUUUUGAAUGAAACCAUAAAGGACUUCCUUUUCUGAGCAAAUGGCCCUUCAAGUGCAUUUUCAGUUAAAGUCAAGAGACUGUGUAUUCUGACUACAAUGACUUGUGUAUAUAUUAUUUACUCCUAAUUAAGGAAGACUAAAGAAAUACUACACUGGACAGUGUAUAGUACUUCCUGGUAUUCUGAUAAAUUGUAGUCUGACAAUCACAUUUAAAAUAUUUAUUUAGGUAUUAAAAAAGCUCCAAACACAGUUUGCUUUUAGUACAGUUGCUCAGGGCAGACUCAUUCACUGUACACACCAAGUCCAAAUGCCCCUCACUUGUUUUUUUCCUGAACUGUCCACUGAAGCAUUUUUUAAAUUAUGCACAGGUAACAAUUUACACAUUUCUGGGGAACAGUGUAUUUCACAACAUGUACGCAAUGUGUACCAAUCAAAUCGGGGUAGUCACAUUUCAGUCUCUUUUAGUUUGGUGCCUUUGGCUGAAUGGCGCUGCGGUAAAUGUAGGAGCACACGGAUUUCUUUAGCACACUCCUUUCCUCUAGCUAUACACCCAGACGUGUAUACAUUGCUGGAUCGAAUAGUAGUUUGGCGUUGAGUUUUUGGAGUAACCUCAACUCCUCUCCAUAAUGACUAUCCUAAUUUACUUUCCCCCAUCAGUAUAUAAAGGAUUCCUUUCCCUGAAUUUUUUUUUUUUUUUGGUUUUGGUUUUUUGAG